AUGCGGCGACAUGUAAGAAGCCAGCAACCAGUUCUUUUCCAGAACAAGUUCAACACUGAACUCGGCAUCAACACUGAUCUAACAUGGCGUAAUGCCUCAUCGCUUAACUAUGCCGUUAAUAAAAUUAUCAGCACAGGAGUCGACGGAUUGCUGAAAGUAUGCAACGCUCGCCGUGACUACGCUGGUGUACUCUUGUCCGCCUAUCCGUUCUGCGUAAACCGAUUCUAUCUCCUGGAACAGGGCGGAACCGAUUUCAACAACGCAGUCACAUACGUGCAUCUCUUCAAGCACCUCGAAUUCAUGUGCAGUACCGGCUUUGACGUGUACCAGUACAAUCUUCCCUGUAUACUUGGUGUAACAGCUCACGACCAAACAUACAACGCUUGCUACUACAAGUUCCAGCAAACUCUCCAGAGCUAUCCCAAUAUGUUAUGCCAAGGCUUCACAGACGCUUGUCCUCUGCCUCGAAGGCGUCUUCGCAAACACAUGUGGGCAGCAGAUUGGAUGGGUGGAAUGCGAAAUGGAGCGUCUUGGCUACGCUUACGAUUGCAAUGGACUCAUAUGUUAGAUUUUUAUCAAAUACGAGAUACGCUGUAUAUUAAUAAAGAUCCCAUGAAAGCUUCUUCUUGCAGUUCUACACGCUUUGAUCACCACUGA